AUGCAAUCGCUCAUGUCAAGGAUGAUGACAGGGUCCCCAUCGUGGUCCCCGCCUUCACCAGCGAUGUUCAAUCCCAUGAUCCCAACGGCAUCCCCAGCUCCCCCACCCGAGCCCGACGAGCAUAGCAGCCACAGCAGCAUGCGCUUCCAACGCAGCACCUUCACCUGGCAGGAGAAAAUGGCGCGCAGCAUGCACCUCAGCCCGUACCGGCUGUACGACCACUACAAGUCCAUAAGCGACAUCGGCAACCCCCUUGUCGUCGUCUGCAGUCACUGCACCGAGCCGGUCUUCCACGAUGUCUCCAUGGUCGAGCAGCAUGUCGAGAACGAGUGUGUCAACAGCGAGGAGGUGAACCCGGUGCGCGAGCACCUCCGGCUGCUCGACGACGACGGUAUCCCCGGAAUCGUCGUGUGCAAUCAUUGUGAUAUGCUGAUUCCGCACGAGUUCGUCGCGAUGAAGAGCCAUCUCGAGGACCGGUGUCUCGGAUUGAGCUGGUUGUACGUCCACUUUGAUAAGCAUAGGCGUCGUGGUGGUGGUGGUGAUGAUGAAGAUGAAGAGUUGGCCAACUCGAUGGUCACUUGCUGUCAUUGUGGGUGGACUAUGGUUGAAGCCCUCCCGGUGAUGAUAGCGCAUAUCAGGGGCGUCUGCAAUGGGAAGAACCCUCAGGUCAGUCGCGCCCGAAAGGCCGCUGCCCCGGAAGUUGUUCCCAACGCUGGGGGUCACGCCAGUCGCAAUGACUCCAACCACCAGCACCACAACAACGAUGUCAUUGACAAUGAUGACCACAACAACAACAACGGUAAGAACAGCAGCGACAUCAAGACCAUCGCGAAAAAAGAAAAAGAAAAAGAAGAAGGAAAGAGAAAAGGAAAAAGCCAGAAACAGCCAAAAUCCAUCCGCUCAUGCAUCAGAUGCGACCAUCCGGUGAACUCCGGCAGUGUGGCAGCCAUGCUGCAGCACCUGGGCCAGUGUGAUUACGCCCGCUGGGAGUCGACGCCCAAGGCGACGGCUGUCCGGGACCGAUACUUCCAGGUCGUGAAGAAAGGAGGGAAAGUUGACACUGUGGAGUGCUGGCAUUGUGGCAACCGCUUGAAGAAUUACCCUCCGACUCUUGUCCGACAUACGGUGAUUUCCUGCCAGGGAAUGGUACAAUCGAUGCCUGGAGACGAAUAUGUCACUGACGAUUCCGAGUAA